GAGAUGCAAGGAAGGAACGUGGUGGUAUUUUUCAUCUUGCCCUUCCUCAGGAGAAAUGCAACAGAUUUGGGCUGUGUGUCGAGUGCUAACACCAGUGCUGAGUGGCUGCUGAAGAACUUUGGCUCGUUCGCCCAGUUUGCGUCUCUCGCAGAACUGUUCUCCAUCAACGCACACUUUGAUCCCUUGGAGACUCUGGUCUAUCUGUCUCCAGUGCAGAUGGUCGGACUGAUGGUUGAAGAUCUACCUGGUCUGCCACAGAAGGAAGUCAUCAUCGAUCGAGUGUUUGAUCAUCUGCUGGAGUCUCCUGUGGAUCGAGGUCUUCCUGGUGUUCUUCAAAACCUGCUCUUACUCUCACAGACGACCGUAAUACAGUGCAGCUCCCUCACACUGAUUUUUAAGAGGCUGUUUAAGGAUCUACCUCUCCUGCCAUCAGACAUGCAGACUCUGGUCUUCCACACAACUGGAGAACUCAAGAAGAAAGCAGAGACAGGCUGCUCACUUCCUGAACCUUCAACAUGUCUGGUCACACCUGUGAAUGCUACCAGAGUUUGUUCAGGAGUCAUCAGUAAUGCGACUCUCCUGUCCGCUGGUCUCGUGAGCGCCCCCUGUAGUAUCGACCUGCAGCAGUACGCUUGCUCUUCGCUCGCAGGCUUCACUGCUGAACACCUGGCUGGGCUUCUGGAGUGUCAACUAUCCAGCAGCAGCAGUUACUCCAAGGAGAUCUGGAAGCUGCUUUUCACCAAAACAGACAGUGUUCUCGAUGGAGCCUUCGGGAUCUUUUCCAGCAUGGCGGCAAAUAUGUCUCAGCCGAUCAGAGGUGAUGUCGUGUCCCAAGUGCUGGAUGUGAUUGGGGAGCUGAGAUUGGAGCGCAUCAGUCCUGACCAAUGGAGUGACGUUACUUUCAUCAGCGAGUUGUUGGCUCGAUAUCUGAAGCCGUUUUUGCCGUCCGUGUCUCCAUCUCUACUGCAGUGCGCUGGGAGCAAAAACCUCAGCUGCCAAACUUUCCAGCGCAUUCUGUCAGAGUUCCCGCUGACCAAUGAGACGCAAGGAAGGAACGUGGUGGUAUUUUUCAUCUUGCCCUUCCUCAGGAGAAAUGCAACAGAUUUGGGCUGUGUGUCGAGUGCUAACACCAGUGCUGAGUGGCUGCUGAAGAACUUUGGCUCGUUCGCCCAGUUUGCGUCUCUCACAGAACUGCUCUCCAUCAACGCACACUUUGAUCCCUUGGAGACGCUGGUCUAUCUGUCUCCAGUGCAGAUGGUCGGACUGAUGGUUGAAGAUCUACCUGGUCUGCCACAGAAGGAAGUCAUCAUCGAACGAGUGUUUGAUCAUCUGCUGGAGUCUCCUGUGGAUCGAGGUCUUCCUGGUGUUCUUCAAAACCUGCUCUUACUCUCACAGACGACCGUAAUACAGUGCAGCUCCCUCACACUGAUUUUUAAGAGGCUGUUUAAGGAUCUACCUCUCCUGCCAUCAGACAUGCAGACUCUGGUCUUCCACACAACUGGAGAACUCAAGAAGAAAGCAGAGACAGGCUGCUCACUUCCUGAACCUUCAACAUGUCUGGUCACACCUGUGAAUGCUACCAGAGUUUGUUCAGGAGUCAUCAGUAAUGCGACUCUCCUGUCCGCUGGUCUCGUGAGCGCCCCCUGUAGUGUCGACCUGCAGCAGUACGCUUGCUCUUCGCUCGCAGGCUUCACUGCUGAACACCUGGCUGGGCUUCUGGAGUGUCAACUAUCCAGCAGCAGCAGUUACUCCAAGGAGAUCUGGAAGCUGCUUUUCACCAAAACAGACAGUGUUCUCGAUGGAGCCUUCGGGAUCUUUUCCAGCAUGGCGGCAAAUAUGUCUCAGCCGAUCAGAGGUGAUGUCGUGUCCCAAGUGCUGGAUGUGAUUGGGGAGCUGAGAUUGGAGAGCAUCAGUCCUGACCAAUGGAGUGACGUAACUUUCAUCAGCGAGUUGUUGGCUCGAUAUCUGAAGCCGUUUUUGCCGUCCGUGUCUCCAUCUCUACUGCAGUGCGCUGGGAGCAAAAACCUCAGCUGCCAAACUUUCCAGCGCAUUCUGUCAGAGUUCCCGCCGACCAAUGAGAUGCAAGGAAGGAACGUGGUGGUAUUUUUCAUCUUGCCCUUCCUCAGGAGAAAUGCAACAGAUUUGGGCUGUGUGUCGAGUGCUAACACCAGUGCUGAGUGGCUGCUGAAGAACUUUGGCUCGUUCGCCCAGUUUGCGUCUCUCACAGAACUGCUCUCCAUCAACGCACACUUUGAUCCCUUGGAGACGCUGGUCUAUCUGUCUCCAGUGCAGAUGGUCGGACUGAUGGUUGAAGAUCUACCUGGUCUGCCACAGAAGGAAGUCAUCAUCGAACGAGUGUUUGAUCAUCUGCUGGAGUCUCCUGUGGAUCGAGGUCUUCCUGAAGUUCUCCAGCUCCUGUAUGUUUCCUCCACACAGAGUCCACUCAGCUGUCCAACCAACCAGAUAAUCUUCAGGCGGCUUGACCUCCUCCUGAGAUCAUCCGUGGGCGAUCUGGAGCCCGUCAUCUGGGCGAGCGUGUAUAACCUCAGCCUCACGGCACCAGCAGGCUGCUCUCUACUCCCAGUUGUGGAUGAGUGUCCUUUGACUCCAUACAACGAGACUCGAGUGUGCCGUGGAGUCGACAGUUCUUCAUUACAGCUCUUCCUGAACAACGGCGAUGCUACAAGCAGGCUUUGUGACUUCAGCAUUGCAGAAUAUGCAUGUACCCCGGUGCUGAAUGUCAGUGUGGAUCAGCUGGUGUCUGUGCUGGACUGCCAUCUGUCUGAUGAUGUCACCACAUCCCCGGAGAGCUGGAAGCUCCUCCUGACCAGAGUCUCAGCCCUGCUGGACGCCACACUCGUCACGCUCUCCAACAGGUCGGCGCGUUGGAGCAGCGGCUCUGGCUCCGCGGCUCUGGAUGUCCUGCGAGAGCUACGGCUGGACAGACUCGCGGACGAGGGCAGCGUCGCGCUCUGGCUUGGCGAGCGUCUCCGGCCGUUCCUGCCGUUCGCUUCGAGGCCGUUCCUGCAGUGUCUGCGCAGCCAGAACUUCAGCUGUCAGAACUUCCAGACAGUGGUUGAGGCGUUCAGCGCAGGAUUUCUCCAUAUGAAUGACUUUCAGCGAGAACUAACAGUGACGGAGUUCAUCGUGCCGUUCCUCUCUCGACAGACCGCAGGUGCGGCGUGUGUGUCCAACGACAGCUCUCAGUGGCUCAUCCGUAACUUUGGCCAGUUUUCUGCAAUCGUCUCUCUGAAUCAGCUGACCGCGCUCAACACACAGUUCAACCCGCUCGGCAGCCUGCUGGCCCUCUCUGCAGAGCAGUUGGUUGGGCUGAUGUUUGAUGAUGUUCCUGGUCUUCCAGAGAAGGCUGUGGUCAUCAAUGCCGUGUUCGAUCACCUGAGCGCAUCUCCACAGGAGGAGAGGAUCAUCCCCACGCUCCACUUCAUGGUGGAGUCAUCAAAGACGAGGAACAUCUCCUGUGCGGCGUACCAAAUCAUUUUCCACCGUCUGGACCACCUGAUGGUCGUCGCGUCCGUGAAUCUGGAGACGGAGAUUCUGAGGAGCAACGCGGCUCUGCUUCAGCGAGUCCCGGCGGGUUGUGUGAACCCCAACAGAGAGUGUGGCGUGACACCAGUGAACGAAACGGCAGUGUGCAGCAGUGUCAACAGCUCUGGUCUGUCGGUGUAUCUCAGCUCGUCUCAUGACGGCAGUCGGCUCUGUGAAUUCAGCAUCACGCAGUACGCUUGUGUAGAGUUGACAGAGCUGAGCACGCAGGACCUGGUGACGGUGUUGACGUGCAGUCUGAACGGGGACGAAGACGUGUCCGGAGAGACGUGGAAGUUGUUCACGCAGAAGGUCAACCCUGUGCUGGGUCCAGUGCUCGACACACUCGCCAACACGAGGCUGAAUAAGUCCCGCCCCUCAGUGUCAUUCUUGAACAUGAUUGGAGAAGUCACUCUAAGCUCCUUCAGCUCCACCAACCUGAGAGAUGAUUCGUUCGUGCAGCGCUGGUUCAACUCCAGGCUCCGCCCAUUCUUCCCCUCCGCCUCCGAGGCGUUCCUGUCCUGUCUCUCCACCAGAGACUUCAGCUGUGACACCUUCAGGAGCGUAGUCCAGAGCUUCAGUCAGAGUUUUGACAUCAUGUCCAGCGAGACUCAAGCCAAUGUCUACGUUGACUUCAUCAAAGUCUUCCUCUCUAAGAACAGCAGCGCAGGGUGUGUGGACGUCUCUCAGAGCAGCUCUGAUUGGCUGAUCAGCAGCUUUGGACGAUUCUCUGUCUUCACCUCAGUGACUGACCUGCAGAUACUCAACCCCAGCUUCAGUGUGUUGGACGCUCUGGGUCUGUUGAGCGUCAAACAGUUAGUGGAGGUUUCCAGCGCUCCUGGGUUCCUGUCCAGCGCCGCUGCCGUCUAUAAUCUCCUGCUCUACGUGCCGGACACACAGCUCACCGCCUUCUACACUUCUCUCUCUGCAACGCUACAGCUGCAGGGUGGUGUUCUCCCUCCUCCGGUGAAGGAAGCGUUCCUGCAGCAGGUGUUUGACCGGGCCAACCUGACCACGUUAUCAGAUGAUAAUCUGCAGAUCUGGAUCCAGAACAUACUGCCUCCGUUCAUAACGAACAUUACGGUCCAACACGUGACGACUUACUUCAGCGUCGUCGAGCAGCGGCCCUGUCCGAUCAGCCAGCAGGCGGUGCAGCUGCUGAACUCGUCCAGCUCCACCUUCCAGCCCGCAACACAAGCUCAGAUCUACCAGCUGAUCCUCGGCUCUCUCACAGGCCCCGCCCCGCUGCGCUGCUACAGCAACCAGAGCUACUACGCUUUCCUGACCUCAUCCUUCAUGAGUUUCCAGUUCCCGAAUCUGAGCACCUUCCUGUCCCUGAUGCCCCCCGCCCGCGUGCCAGAGCUGAUGGAGUCGAUAUCUCCCGCGGAGGUCAGCAGUCUCCUGAACCGCCCGAACGCUGUGGACGAUGUUACCAAAAUCUGCCAGUUCUUCACGAUCUACCCGAAGACGCCGCAGUACUUGCAGACGGAGCCGCUGGGCUCGCCGGCUCUGGCUCAGCAGGUGCUGUCCUGCGUGUGGCCUCGGGUUCUGGAGCUGGAGGUCCAGUCUGAGGUGGAUCAGUGGUUCGAGUCUCGCCUCGUGCAGUACCUGCCGCUGCUCACCUCACAGCUCAUCGGCCCCGACGUCAUGCGGAAUUCCUCCUGUCUCUCCUUCAAGAAGUUUGUUUCAGUGAUGGCCAAAUACAACUUCAGUGCAGCGGCGUUUUCCCAGAGCGACAUCUACGGGACCAUCCGGGUCUUCCUGAACACCUCUUCAGAUCCUAAAUGUUAUAACGCAUCAAACCCCGUUCUCAACUCCACCGCCUGGUUCUCCGACUACAUCUCCGUCUUCUUGCGCUUCAUCACGCUGGACGACCUGCUGCUCUUCGGCUCCAUCCAGCCGUUCCUGGAGAACCAGGAGAACCUGCAGCUCUUCGGUCAGAUCGACGUUCCUGAUGACGUCAUGGAGUACUACAUAAGUCAGCUGUUCACCCAGAAUCAGUUCUUCAGCGCCUACUAUCUGCCUGUGAAGUUAUCCUGCUUGGCUCCUGCGAGCUCCUUCCUCCAGUUGAGUGCGCAGCAGUUGAAGAACAUCUCUUCCAGCAUCCAUCAGCACUGCACCAACAUCCCACCUGACGUGUCGGCGGCUCUGGCCAGCAAUGCGGACGUCCUGACGGUGGCCAUCCUCCAGGCUCUGGCUCAGUCGAGCACGGGCUUGAGCACGGCCCAGAUCAGCGGCGCCGGAGGGAGUGUUCUGCUCAACGCUCUGUCUGUGCUCGGACUCGUACAGGGCUGGAACCUCGACCAGGCCAUGACGAUCAUGCAAACCCUGCUGGCGUCCGGACUGUACCAGAUCGAUAGUGCGGACGGACUGGUGGGAUUGGGUUCGCUGAUCGUCGGUGUUCAGACAUCAGUCAUCAACGGUAUCUCAGGAAAUGUGUUGCUUCUGGCCCUCAAAUCUCAAUCAUUCAUGACCAAUGUCAUCGGCGCACCCAUCAUUCUCCAGCAGACCAUCGUCAGCCAGAUCAUCACUGUGGACAGCUCGUCUGACGGCAUCAUCACGAACGUUCCUGCCCUGAUGGCGUCGGAGAUCCCGCGCGUCUUCCUGCUCGGCGUGUCGUCCUCCGCGGUGGUGCAGAUGGUCAAUCAGAAGAACUGGAAACACGAGCAGGCCAUCUUGCUCUUCGAAACCGUGGCCAUGGAGUUCAGCGACCCGGACGCCAUGUCUUUCCAGGUGCUGCAGGGUUUCAGCUGUUCACGGAUCCAGAGCUUCAGCACCAGCAAAACCAUGAGUCUGAUCCGCGGCUGCCGCGCGCGAGCCAACCAGACGCUCGUCCUGCAGGAGUCACAGCUGACCUGCAUGUACUACUACAUCAAGAGCGCGGACCUGAACGCCUUCUCUCAGUAUCCGGCCGAGGUGCUCAUCUACUACAAUUACUCAAUGAUUGACAGAUCUCUGUGCCGCUCGUAUUUCUCGUCUCUCGGAACGGCCGACUUCUCGGUGCUGUCCAGCGCUCUGUCCUUCAAGAAGCAAGUCCUGUUCAGCAGCGCCAGGGAGUGUCUGGGAAUCUCGGGGUUCAGCAUCACUCGUGCGCAGCUGGAUGUCCUGGGCGGCAUGUGCUGCUUCCUGAGCGCCGACUACAUCCAGAACUCAGACCCGUACGUGCUGGAGAAACUCAAACAGUGCCAGGAUCCAUCGCCUCAGCAGAUCUCAGCGCUCGAGAGUGUCCUGCUGAGAGGAAACACCACCUACGGAUCCUCCAACAGCUGGAGCAGAGCGACUCUGGAGAACCUGGGGAUCCUGCCGCUGUACGUCACCGCAAACAUCUGGAGCAAAUUCACACAGGAAAACAAGCAGAAGUUUCUGAAGAUGUUCAUCCGUGACCUGAGGAAGAACAACAAGGCUUCAGAAAUGAAGAUCCUCAACAUGAUGAACGAGGUCAACAAAAUCACACGAGUCAAAAUCAAGAGAUCCGCAGAAACCGCAUGCACUGAAGGAGAAGUAAAGCAGGCUCAGGUUUACAGCGACAUGUUUCCGUUCGCCUACGACGUGACGCAGUUUAACGCGUGUUUGAGCGUCCAAACUCUGAAGGACAACCUGGAGGGAAUAACUGAUCGAGUUCACGACAGGAGCUACCAGAGGAUCGUCCUGAACAAACUCAACCAGGCGUAUCCUGACAGACUGUCUGACGAGGUGCUGCAGGUUUUAGGCUCCGCCUCCCGCACAGCCACACCUGAUGAUGUCAGAAAGUGGAACGUGACGAAGAUCGACACGCUCUCGUCUCUGAUGAACCCCCGCAACGGAGACUGGGACCCUGAGAUGGUCCAGCUGCUGGUCAGUAAGUAUCUCAGUGUGAGUGGAAACACUCUCGGCACUAACGAGCUGAACGCGCUGGGAGGAGCUAACCUGUGUAUGCUGAACGCGAGUGUGCUGAACAACAUCACGGCCGCCAGUGUGGAGCGAGCUUCUGCUCUCUCUUUGACCUCCUGCAGUCCAGAGAAGAAGUCGAUUCUGUUCAGUCUCGCUCUGAACGCAUUCAGCGCAACAAACACACGCAAUACAAACACCGUCAGCAUCACGACGUACCAGCUGCUGCAGAACUACCUCGGUGGUGCCAAUUCUACGUUUAUUCAUAGACUUGUGAACUCCAGUGUGAAUAUGGACGUGCCGACCUUCAUGAGUCUGAAGCAGAGCGUCAUCAACGUGCUGAGCGUGCCUGACGUGAAGGGUCUGCUGGGGGUGCACGUCGGCGAUCUGAAGACGUAUGAAAGCACGGCACCGGUGCAGGAGUGGAUCCGGCUUCAGCUGCAGGCGGAUCUGGACUCGCUGAACAUCAGCCUGACGGGCGGCAGGAACUCCAGCGUCACUGAAACCAGUGUAACCAGUGCCAGCACCAGCAGCACGAAAGCCCCGCCGGCCGCCGCCACCACAGCUGCCGCAUCCAGAGUUUGGGCUCCGGUCUUUCUGCAGCUGCUCCUAUUGGCUGUUACCAUGACGACCCUGCAGCUGCUGCACUGAUGACAUCAUCAUCAUCAUCUCCGUACUGACGUCUCUCUCUCAUCUCUGUGUCUAGUGUUUACAAGAGUUUCUGCACUUUUACUAACUCAUAUUUGAUUCGAACUGAUCAGUGACACACAGUAAUCCGUCAUUUACUGCUGGUGUUUCAGAGAAAGCUCUGCUCACAUCUCUAAGAUUCCACCCAAUGAUAUUCUAAAUCUCAAAUACAUUAGUUCAAAUAAAUUAUAGAAAAUGAACUUUUGCGAAUGUAAAUUAUAGGGCUGUAAACGGCGGUAAACCUUGAACCAUCAACUCUACGGGUCACUCCAAGAACUGAAACUGUAAUUCAUGUAAAGACUGUGUGUGGAUAAAAGCAUAUGACAGAAGGAAAUGUGUGGAAAUGAUGACCAAGACAAAAAUCUUCUAUGUUAAAAUAAAUCUAAAUCAUUUUGUUCUCUUUUUAA